AUGGGAACCAAGCAGGCGGCUCCGACAGAGAUCACACGCUCGAUCGUAGCUUCGGCAGCGCCGGCAGAUACCACGGGCUUGAUCGAGGUGGAGGUUUCCCUCAUGAGCGGCGAUGCCCUCCAACCUUUGUCCGUGCCCUACACGUGUCCGAUCAGUGAGCUAAAGCGACUGAUCGCAAAGCGUGCGCAAAUCACUCUCGAGGAUAUCAAGCUCGUGGGCCCAGGUGCGGUAAAGCUCGAGGACAAUCAAGCCGUCGGGGACUGGAAUGUCAGCAAUGGAAAGCUACAGCUGGACCUUGUCCGGAAGCCUGCUGCCAAGACCACGCCUCAUCAAGUCGCAAAGACUGUGGUCAUCAACUGCGCGAAUGUCGGGACUGUUUAUUCCGAAAGCCGACGUCAGCUCUAUGCGGAAAAGCUUUCUUCGAGCUCGGAGUCAGGUGCUACCAAGAAGGGCUUUGAUUGGGACGGCGUGCGGAGGGCCUUCGACUUCUAUGAGAGCCACGGGCUGCAGCCACAGGGCGUCUGCAAGAACAGGACGGCCGUGCUGUCGCCGGUGCCCUCGGACCUCAAGUCCAAGGUCAUCAUCUGCCCCAUCGUGGAUGAUCAGCGAUGCCCG